AUGUUUUCCCCAAUUGUACGUUCUGCUCAGAGAAUUUCCAUCAGGAAUUGGGCACACAGCUCGUCAAGUCUAGCGAGCUUGCAGGUUGAUGUCAAAUGCAUUGCCAGCAUUAAAGAACAACCCUCUCCGGGAAAUUCCGGUCAAAAUUUGACUAAACCGGCACGUAGAGUUAGCUCUGUUGCAGCAGAGUCCAAAUUUGAUGCAUCUGUACUUGAAAGUCGCUUCAAAGCCUGUUCCACUCUAUUGGAAGACACGGAUGAGAAUGCAUGUGUUGUUCAGGAAACAAGCAAAAUAGAUGUUUACCAUCAUUUCCAUAGUAAAACAGAGUCAAGAAUUGAAGAGAAAUCCAAGUGGCAGGAAGUUAAAAGACAACAAGCACUCAAAAAAUUCCGAGCUGCUGAAGAAAUGUUGAUGAAAAAUGAUGCUACAGCCUGCAAAUUGUUUCAAGCCAUCAAGGCUCCCUUGUUGGAGUUGGAACGGUACAGAGCUUCUGCUCUUAUUGAUCGGAAAGCCUGUCGUACCCUCAUUAGUCAUGUGAGUGAUAUUCAAGAUCCAUCAGCAUCCAUUGUGAUAGGUAAUCCUGGUGCAGGCAUUUUGUCAUCUGAACUUCUCAAACAGGGGGCAAAACAGCUGCUUCUGUUUGAAUGCAAUCCAGAAAUACGAGCCCACUUACAGAAAAUCCACAAAGAUGACCCUGUAGAAGUCAGUAAUCAGUACCUCUUUGGCUCACAUUUUAGAAGCCAAGACACCACACAUGCCUUAAGCACCUUGCUGGAGUCUCAGUCUUGCACGCGCGUCAAAAUAAUUUUAUCAUUAACUAACCCCACUCAAGCCCGUGACCUUCUGGAAAAUUACACGACAGGGCAUAUCCCAUACGACAACAAGGAUGUCGAGAUCUAUCUCAUCGUCGAGAAAGGCUACGGAGACAAACUCGAUGCCUUGGAAAAAUCCGAUCCAACGGGGAAACGCAUAAAAUUUGCUUCAGCGUGGAGGACAUUCAUCAAAACUGAACUUUUGUGUACAUUUCCAGCCGAUUCGUUUUUCCCGACAUUUGCACCACUUGGUUUUGGAAUUAAAGGCCGCAGUAAGAGAGAUCCUAAUGUUGCAGUGCUUCGUUGUACCUUUCGCUCAAUUGCUGGCUUUGGGAGACAUUUAAAUAGCGAUGAGCGACACCUGUACAAUAUCUUUAUCCGACACGUCAUGACCACGUCUACAGCGAAAGUUGCCCAUUCUUUGGAGAAGUGGACACCAGGUAUCGGCAUCCGGCUCAUUCGCCAGGGUAUUUCGCUUUUUACCUGCUUCAGUCAGUUAACAAAGGAAGAAUUCGAACUGGUCUUUUUCACCUUCGUCGAACUCGCUCCUAUCAGCAGUCCAGUAUGGUCGAUGAUGAGUAGUCAUUUCUGUAAAUCGAUAGAAUGCCUCAAAGACGAUGAUGUAACUUGUUGAGUCGUAGAGGAAAUGCUCCCAGCUCCAAUGAAGUAUUUUGAUUUGUAUAGUAUUCAUACACAUCGAGUCGGUCUUUUGACAA